AUGCUAAACGAAAGUUCAAGUACUCGUCCAAGUGAAGAUACCCGGGGGAAGCUGUCGACUCGCGAAUUGUUUGUGGUCGACAUUCCAGUCGAUGCUGAUGGACAGCCCAAGAUCCGUAAGCUUCUCGUUGCGAACCGAGGAGAGAUUGCCUGUCGAGUUAUUUCAACCUGCCGAAAGCUCGGUGUAGCAACAGUGGCAGUGUAUACACAAGAAGACACUGUGUCGCAACACGUUCGGGAUGCGGAUGAAGCCAUUUGCAUUGGCUCUGUGGAGCUGAACGCGAAAAACCCUUUCCUCGACAUUGAGCUUCUCAUAAAAACGGCUGUUGACGUCGGGGCCGACGCGGUCCACCCCGGGUAUGGAUACCUCAGCGAAAACCCGGAUUUCGCCAGCAGCGUACGCCACGCCGGGCUCAACUUCGUCGGCCCCCCGAGUGAGGCAAUGUCCACACUCGGCGACAAGCGCUCCUCCAAGGACUAUCUCCGCCAGAAAGCCCCCGAAGUGCCUCUGAUACCGGGAUUUAUGGGCACCAGCCUCGAGAUUGAGGACCUCAAGAAGGCGGCGGUCGACAUUGGCUUCCCCGUGAUGCUGAAAGCCUCGGCCGGCGGCGGAGGGAAGGGCAUGCGGGUCGUGCACGAAGUAUCGCAGCUGCAAUCGGAACUUAACAGAGCACAGUCGGAGGCCCAGAGGUCCUUUGGUUCGAGCGACUGCAUCCUGGAGAAGUUCAUCGAGAACAGCAAGCACAUCGAGAUCCAAGUCGUCGGAGAUCAGUACGGGCACGUGGUUUCCUUCCUCGAACGGGACUGCUCCAUUCAACGCCGGAACCAGAAAGUCAUCGAGGAGGCGCCCUGCCCCUUUCUCGAUCAAGAGACUAGGAGGCACAUGAGUGACACGGCGGUUCGGAUCGUAAAACUCAUCGGCUACGAGGGUGCCGGUACGGUCGAGUUCGUCUUCGACACGGCAACCAAGAAGUUCUACUUUCUUGAAGUCAACACCCGACUCCAAGUUGAGCAUUCAAUUACCGAAGAGGUCGUCGGGGUUGACCUUGUCGCUCUCCAGCUCUUUGUCGCCGCUGGGGGCCGCCUCUCGGAGCUCCCCGAGCUUUCUCACAUUGUCCAGACGGGGCACGCAAUCGAGUGCAGGCUUUGCGCCGAGGACCCCCGGAGAGACUUCCUCCCCAGCCAUGACAAGAUCUUAUUGUGGAAGCCGGCGUCGCCAGAAAGAGUACCGGGGUCAGUCGUCCGUUACGAGACGGCAAUAUGCAGCGGUACUUCUAUCUCCAUCUACUUCGACUCGAUGAUAUGCAAAAUUGUCGUAUGGGCGCCCACAAGAUCCCAGGCCAUCAGAAGGCUUGCAAAAGAACUCGCAGGCACUGCCUGUAUCGGCAUCAGAACCAAUCAGCUUUUCCUCCAGAGCUGUCUGUUACAUCCGGCGUUCCAGGAUUUUGGGUACAAAACGUCAUUCAUCCCCGACAACAUCACAGGAUUGCUUCAGAGCCCCUACUCACCAGAUCUGCCGGGCUACAUCUCCCUAGUUCCUGCUCUGUUUCUGCGAUCCGUGCAACAGCUGCAGAUCGGUGAAGUAUCCGUCCGGCGCCCGUUCCAGGCGGUCCGCCGCCGAUUCCAUAACCAGAAGUUCGACGCCUUUCAUAACAGUUGUGAUAUCAUAUCUUUGAGGGAUUCGAAUUCCCCCGCCGGAGAAACCGUCCGUAACGACGCGUGUCUGAUCAAGCCCGCAUCCACAGACGCGGAGCAUGAAUGGAGCGUCUACCUUUACCCCUUGGUUCGAGGUUUGAGGAAACCAUCAACGAAUCAGACCGCUUCCUCGGCACAGGACCUUGCGACGACUUAUGCUCACACUAGCCGAGCUCUGCGUACAGGGGAAGCUUGGCUGGGGCCAUCUUUCAAAGCCACCCACGUUGAGGUAAGGCCCGUAUAUCAACAUGGGACAGUCCCGUCGACUACGGGAGCUUCAUCAGCGGCCAUGUCCAUGACUCUAUCACUAGACGGUCAGAGGAUUCGCGCAUACCUCGCGGUGUCGGAUGACGGUGACGGCCGUCAAAGCCUGUCGCUUAACGAAACGAUUAAAGUCCUCUGCCACCUACCUCAGCUGGGAGAAUGGAAAGAGUUUCGUCGGGAUACCUUGCUGUCGUUCUACACGAGUCUGAGGAAGGAAGCUCUGUCAAACAGCGACCAGGAGAGCAGUGUCAAAGCACCGAUGCCCUGCAAGGUUCUCUCGAUUGCAAAGGUGUUGGGCGAAGAUGUCAGCGCAGGUGAGUGCGUCAUGGUGAUUGAGAGCAUGAAAAUGGAAAUCAACAUCAUUGUGGGCGUGUCCGGAAAGUUCCAGACAAAGUGGAAGAUUGGUGAAGCGGUGGACGAAGGGGCCGUACUCUGCCUUGUUGAAUAG